UGAUAAUAUAAAAAAGAAAAAUAUUUCAAAAUUUUUAAAACGCGUGCCACAAAAACAGGAUAAACUAAUUAAAAUAUAAAAAAAAUUAUUAAAAAAUAACUAUUUAUUAAAAUAUUUCCAAUAUAAAUAUAUAAACAGCAGAGCAUCCACACGCAUGGACAAUGCCGAACGUCGUGAAUAGAUAUAAACCGAAUCCAUUGAUGAAAAUGGAAAAGGAAAAUGAGAAUAAGGACUUGCGUCGAAAGUUGAAAAGCCUCCACAAAGUAACCUUUCGUUCGCUCUCAGAGCGGUCACCAGGGCUGAACAGCAACAAGGAAACCGUUUGGGAUCGAUUGAGCAGAGUGAAGAAGAGCGCCAGUAAUGAAGGGAAUUUUUUGACUGGCUCAAAAAGUCGUACGCUUAUACCGGCGAAGAGUUCGCUACGCCUAUCACUAGCACGUUCGUCACUCCAACGAACGGUCAAAAGACCGCUCACACCGAACACUAAUCUCAACAAGCGAGUUGCAGAGAAGAAAUCUGUACGCAAAAUGAAGUGCAAACCAACGCACGUGCAAGAGCUGGAGGAGGAUGCGCGUACAAUUGGUUGCAAACGUAUGACAUCUGUAAAGGAGAUAAUGACGGCGCGCAGUAUUUGCAAUUCUAAGACAUCUUCAGAUGAAUCCGCAUCGAAGAAAGCCUCGGCUAGGUCCGAAAAUAUCAACCAAGAAUUUUUAGUGCCACGUAUCGAAGAUUAUGAGUCGGAUGAUUUCGAAUUAGAUAAUCAAAUAGAGUCGCCGGAUUCAUUGGAUGAUUUUGUGAUAGCACCACUUAUGCCGGUACCUACCACGGAGUCAUUGAAUAUGAGUGCCAAUAUAGCAUCGAAUUUUCGCUGUCUAUUAGAUUAUAGGAAGAAGAAUAUGGCACCUGAUGAGAUAUCGGUGAUUAAAAAUGUGGUGAAAACUGACGAACGACAUCGACAGCUGCAGCCAAAUGACUCUGUACUGUUCAAAGAGAUACUAAAAACGCAGCUGAAAGAGAUAGUACGUCAGGAAACGGUUAUCAAAUCGGCAUUGCAUAAUCUAAACGAACAACCAGAGGCUGACUACCAUCCCCCUACUUUGACAAUACAUGAGCCUAUCACACCCGAAUCUGGCUGUAAGAAACAACAAGUGGAUGUGAUUUUCAAAAAUGUACCCACACUGGAAAAAGAGAUUAUCAUCUUGAAAGCUUUGGGUGAAAAAUUAGAGGCAACACUAAAGCGUACCGUUUCGCAUGCCGAUCUCCAGCUACUCGAACUCACCAAAUUUGUCACACCCCUUGCCAACAAGUGGUACUACGCCUAUCCGGACAAUGUGCAAUAUGCAAGUAUUGAGUCUGCGCCUAAGGGUGUACGCAGAUGUAUGGAUAUCGUACAGGAAUUCCGCAUGGAACAUAAGACCAUUGUUGAACUAAAGGAACAAAUUAAUCAUCACUUUUAUCUGCCAUCGAGCAAAGAUAAGACUGAGCUUAAGCGUACUUCGUUCAAGCGUUUAAAGGAGAAUCCCGACUUGUUGAUGCGUUACCUCAAACCAAAGAACACACUUGUGCCAUUCAAUGUGCUCGAGCAAGAUCCCUGUUUUUUCAAUAGUUUUCUCUACAGUCCCUGUGUGAUAGGAAAUAUGGAGAGUUCUGCAUCAGUGUCAAAGGAUUCGUGCCGCGAGGAGGCGGGUGCCACGAAGAUUCCCGUGAAGGAUGCUAGCGAUAGCGCAAGGAGUGCACGUGUGCCUUAUAAGUAUGUGAAAGAGCCGUUGAAGAUCGAGGAGAUACAAAGUACGCUAAACGAUGCUCUCUUUAAUGAGCAAGCUGUCGUGCAAAGUCCGGACAAGAACUUGCCGAAGCCGAAUGACGCAAAGGACAGCGAGCAAGCGCGGCUGUGCGAGGCACCGGUGCGUGGGCGUAGGCGACGUCGUAUACGAAAACACAAUACCCCUUUGUCACCUGAUAAUAACUAUGAUCCAAAGACUAAUUUGUUUAAGACCAUACUAGUGGGUAGCGUGCAAAUAUCUGUGUUUCUCCUACUCAUCAUGGCCAUCACAUAUCCGGACAUAAGGUGCUGAAGUGUACGUCAGUAUUCGAUCAGUUAAGUGUUCCUAUCAUUUGCUUUUUAUUAUUCCCGCCGUCCCGGUGAUUUGUUACUUCUUUUGCAUUGUCACAGUGGGACAAUUCGUUCGCUUUUCAAAUAAGUUCACAUACUUACUCGCAACUUUAAUGAAUUCUUAUCUCUUCCAAAUGGUUCGGUUUGGCCAAUAAUUCAAAAUUUUGACUGAACAAGAAAUUACAGAAGUGGGAAUUUUUAUAACGUAAAUAAAGAGAAUUUAGAUUUCUGUAACUUCUUAUACAUCGAUUUUCUGGUGUGUAACAUUGCUAUUUGUAAAAAUAAUAGAUUUAAUUUUCGAAAUUAGCGAAGUUAAAGAUACGAGCUUUUAUAAAAAAAAAUUGUAACUUAUAAAUGAAAUAUAAACUGGCUUGCGAUUUCAAGCAUAUAAAUAGCAA